AUGCUCAACGUGUCGUUCCUGGAACCCGAGUUCUCCAACGAGACGAACCCGGCUCCGCUGCCGCUGGCACUGGCUGUGGCGGUACCGGUGGUGUAUGCGCUGAUCUGUGCUGUGGGGCUGGUGGGCAACUCGGCGGUGCUGUUCGUGCUGCUGCGAGCGCCGCGCAUGAAGACGGUCACCAACCUGUUCAUCCUCAACCUGGCUAUCGCCGACGAACUCUUCACGCUUGUGCUGCCCAUCAACAUCGCCGACUUCCUGCUGAGCAGGUGGCCCUUUGGGGAGCUCAUGUGCAAGCUCAUCGUGGCCAUCGACCAGUACAACACCUUCUCCAGUCUCUACUUCCUCACGGUCAUGAGCGCCGACCGCUACCUGGUGGUGCUGGCCACCGCCGAGUCGCGCCGGGUACCUGGCCGCACUUACCGCGCCGCUCGCGCCGUCAGCCUGGCGGUGUGGGCGCUCGUUACCCUGGUCGUACUGCCCUUCGCGGUCUUCGCCCGCCUCGACGACGAGCAGGGCCGGCGCCAGUGUGUGCUGGUCUUCCCGCAGCCAGAGGCCUUUUGGUGGCGGGCCAGCCGUCUUUACACGCUGGUGCUGGGCUUUGCCAUCCCAGUGUCCACCAUCUGUGCCCUCUAUACCACGCUGCUGUGCCGGCUGCGCGCCAUCCGGCUGGACAACCACGGCAAAGCACUGGACCGCGCCAAAAAGCGGGUGACCAUCCUGGUGGUGGCGAUUCUGACCGUGUGUCUGCUCUGUUGGACACCCUACCACCUGAGCACCGUGGUGGUCCUUACCACGGACGUCCCACAGACGCCACUCGUCAUUGCCCUCUCCUACUUCAUCACCAGCCUGAGCUAUGCCAACAGCUGCCUCAACCCCUUCCUCUAUGCCUUCUUGGACGACGGCUUCCGCAAGAGUCUACGCCAGCUGAUGGUGUGCAGGGCAUCAGCCUGA